GGAUUCUUUUAUAUGGACAACAAAAUGACAACAGAUCCUUUUUUCCUGUUGCAAGAAUGUAGGGCAAAAAAUAUUAGCAUGUCACCCAGUAUUCCAUAAAAAGCAUCAAUGCUAUUCCUUUAAGAGCAGAUUGGAAUGCCACUAGUGUUGAGUGACCGAGUGAGGUCGUAGGCAACAGCUAUAUUUACCAUCAGGGUAACAUGAUCUCUGGCAUUCUGGAUCAUUGUGCACAUGCAAUCCUUCUGGUCUUCACACUCUGGGCAACAGUCUUCAAAGCCGAACACUGUCGAACUGCAAAAUGCGCCACUGGUUUGAGCAUUAAAGUUUGGAUGGGAUCUAUGGCAAGCUGCAACCCCUGUUUUUCCACUGACUGGAACUGAGAGCGGCUCACCGUACAGCAGUCGAUGCGGCCUGUCACUGUCUCUCCUCUGUCCGAGCUCUCAGCAUGUCUCGCGUCUCCUCCACGGCCAAGCGCUACGGUGGCUCCUCAUAUACCAGCCACUAUAGCACAUACAGCUCCUCCCUGACGCCCUCACUCGGGGCUUAUGAUCGUGACAAGCUUCCCUACAAAGCCCCCUCGACUGCAUUCUCCUCCUCUAGCUACCUGAGCUCGGGCAGCAGUCGGACACGGAAUUACAGCUCCACGGAGCCUGAUCGCGGCCGUCCUAUCCCUCGCACUGACCUGCUGAGCGGCCGGCGAAGCGAGAGCCUGAGUCGUACACCCUUAAAGGGCUAUAGUUCAGGACUGAAUGGUGGCUCUGCCUAUUCGACCUACGGCUACUCGCCGGCACAGACCAGCUACCUCUCCACUUCUCCUAUGCCGUCCAGUGUCUCCCUAAACCGAAGAAAAUCCGUUAGUCAGAGCGACCUGACGCGGGAGUUGUCCUCGCUGGCCCUCAAUGACACUCCCAGCAGCAACAGUCUCAAGCAGGCCUACAGGACCCGGACAAGUGAUGCCACAAGUGACUCCUACAGUAGCAGCAGCUUGCGCUCUGGUUUUGGGAUGUCACGCAGCUCCACACAGGAUGCAGUGAGCAGCAGCAGCAGUAGCCGCUUCUCCUCCUCCAUUGGAUGCUCUACUUCACCGCUCAGGGAGGAGCCAGUGAGACCGAACUCCAAAGCAGCCCAAGGUCUGGUGGGAUUAAAGAAUCUGGGCAAUACAUGCUUUAUGAACUCCAUUCUUCAAUGUCUUAGCAACACACGCAGUUUGCGAGACUACUGUCUGCACAACUCCCACCGUCGCGACCUCAACAACAACAGCCGCACAAACACCGCACUGAUGGAGGAAUUUGCCAAGCUCAUUCAGACAUUGUGGACGUCGUCAACCAGCGACGCCGUCAGCCCUUCCGAGUUCAAAACGCAAAUCCAGAGAUACGCGCCCAGAUUUGUCGGCUAUAACCAACAAGAUGCUCAGGAGUUUCUGCGCUUCCUGCUCGACGGCCUGCACAAUGAGGUGAACAGGGUUACGGUGAGGCCCCGUGCCAACACCGAGGACUUCGACCAUUUACCAGAUGAUGAGAAAGGGAAAAAGAUGUGGAGCAAGUAUCUGGAAAGAGAGGACAGUAAAAUUGUAGACUUGUUUGUAGGGCAGCUGAAGAGCUCUUUGACCUGCACUGAGUGUGGCUACUGUUCCACUGUGUUUGAUCCCUUCUGGGAUCUUUCCUUACCCAUCUCCAAGAAGGGCUACGGAGAGGUCAGUCUGAUGGACUGCAUGCGACUCUUCACUAAAGAAGACGUGCUGGACGGAGACGAGAAGCCGACAUGUUACAGAUGUAAAGCCAGAAGAAAAUGUACAAAGAAGUUCACAAUUCAGAAGUUCCCUAAAAUCUUAGUGCUACAUCUCAAGCGUUUCUCAGAAGCUCGAGUCAGAUCAAGCAAACUGUCCACUUUUGUCAACUUCCCCAUGAAGGACCUGGACCUCAGGGAGUUUGCCUCUGACAGGAGCAGUAGUGCAGUGUAUAAUCUGUAUGCAGUGUCCAAUCACUCAGGCACCACCAUGGGUGGGCAUUACACUGCAUACUGCUGCAAUCCGGACUCAGGAGAAUGGUACACCUUUAAUGACUCCAGAGUAACGCCAAUGUCCUCCAGUCAGGUGCGCAGCAGUGAUGCGUACGUCCUUUUCUACGAGCGAUCCGGCUUGUGAGGGCUUACAGGAGCCAGAAGGAGCGAGGCCACGACCCUUGGGGGUCAUCACUUCUCAAGCAGCACUCCUCACGGAAAGAAGACACUGUCGCCACAUUCUGGACACACGACAGGAUUAAACAUAACUUUCUUACUGUCGCUCUGCUGCUGUGUCCAGUUCAUUUUCAUUGAGGAGGUCUGGAGUGUCUUGAUGCCUCCGUGUAUGUGUGUGAGAGUGUGUGUUUAUGAGUGUGCGUGUACGAGUGUGUGUCUGAGUCUGAGGGCAGCUCCUUGGGAGACACCACAGGGUAAUAAAUCCCCCGUGACUCUGUCUCACAAGUCUCUCGCUAUGCACUGCAACAGAACUCUGGUCCCGACUGCGCCUUGCUCAAGAUCACCUCAGUACACGGACUGGUUUAACCUUAGUAGUGUUUUCUCGUCAAUCGUAACAUUUUUAUUUGUAUUCCCUACACUCGAGGGGAAACGAACUGGUCUGAGGCUUCCUCUGCUGAAGGAGACAAGAUUUACAACCUCGAAGCUGCAGCUCAUACACGUUUUAGAGCCCAUUGGUUUUGUUACACGUCUCUGCUUUUUAUUCCGUGACUUGGUUUUUGAUUUGUUUCACCUGUCAAUUGCUAUCCACUCCAUUCUCUCCCUCCUCUUACUCUCCUGAGGGCUGAAAGGAGCAGAAGGUGGAAGAAGGUGGUCUGUGGAAGGUGUGUCGUGUCGAGAGGAGGCUGUGUGACCCGCCGCGUGUUUUUAUUCAGUGUGGCUGCUACUGAUCUGGUACUCAAACGCUGUGAACGAGAGGGCAGUCGAGUCGAGCUGAUUAUAGUUUGCUUGCUAGUCCUGAUCAAAGAGAUUUAUCUUUGAUUUCAUGCCGUCGAACAACAUGGAAAGUAGGUUUUGUGGGAAAAAACACUAUAUGUAUAUUUUUAUAUAUGAUGCAAUAUAGAGAAUGUACUAUACUUUGGUGCUGAAAAUGACCUGUUACUGUUUUCAGUUCAUCCAACAGGAGAAAGAGAAUGGAUACUAUUUAUGCUCACAAGUCACUUUUUCACAGUGGCAAAGUAUAUAUGAAAUAAAUUUUAGAGAAAGAA